CUUUCCGAAUUUAUUUUGUUAACAGCUGUUAACUAUGAGGCAGUGUGACCAUAUUAUGAUUUUUCGAAUGAUGUUAACGUAAAGUAUCGAUAGUCAGUGUUACCAAGAUAAAGCAAAAAUUAUAACAAUAUAAAAGUUUUUAAGAAAUAAAAACAGACACCAGCUAUAUAAACAUGGAGGAGCAAUCGGACGAUGAAAACUAUGAACCAGGGCCAAAAAAAAUCAAGAGGGAAUGGGUCAAGAGUUAUUCCAACAAAGUCAUGGGGAUGAUGAAAAAAAUGGGCUACGAGAACGAUAAGGGUUUGGGUAAGAGCAAUCAAGGUCGUUUAGAGCCCAUUAUAGCAGUCCAACAGGAUGGAAGGCGGGGAUUCGGACUUAAGCUUGACACCGUACAGAUGUCAGCGGGCCAAUGGGAUCCAAACUGCGAUGAACUAGAGAUUCCUGAGCCAGUGCUGUGGCUUAGAAAUGAUCGAGGCGAUGCCAAUGCCUAUUCCCUAGACCACCUUAUGAGACAAAAAUUGAUGGGCCCAAAAAAAAACUCACUAGACGAUGAGACACGAUAUUGCGAUCCUGCCAUUCUGGACCAUAUUCUCAACGCCAAGACAGUCUUUGACGAUCUUAAUGACAAUGAAAAGCGACGUGCCCGCUCUCGAUGCAACCCAUUUGAAACCAUACGAAGUUCAAUUUUUUUAAAUCGGGCAGCCGUAAAGAUGGCCAAUAUUGAUACGAUGUGCGAUAAUAUGUUUACAGAACCGAAAGAUCAGGACGGCAACUCCUUGGUUGGCCCGGACGAGUUGCUUUAUUUUACCGACAUGUGCGCGGGGCCAGGUGGUUUCUCAGAGUACGUCUUAUUUCGUAAAUCUUGGGAAGCCAAGGGAUUUGGUUUUACUCUUCGCGGGGCCAAUGACUUCAAGCUUGAGAAAUUCUUUGCCGCAUCGCCCGAAUCUUUUGAUCCGUUUUAUGGAGUCCAUGAUGAUGGAAACAUCUUUAAUCAGGAUAAUCAGGAUUCGCUUAACGAGUACAUACGAAAGCAUACGCCACAAGGUGUACACUUUGCUAUGGCUGACGGUGGAUUUUCUGUUGAGGGGCAGGAAAACAUCCAAGAGAUUCUAUCAAAGCAAUUGUACCUGUGUCAAUUUCUUACCGCCCUUAAAAUAUUGCGCGAGAAUGGGAACUUUGUGUGUAAAGUAUUCGAUUUAUUCACGCCGUUCAGCGUAGGCUUGGUCUACCUGAUGUAUAAAAGUUUUUACCAAAUCGCAAUUAUCAAACCAAAUAGUAGCAGACCCGCCAAUUCAGAGCGAUAUCUCGUCUGCAAAAAUAAGCGUGCCGAUACGGAUGCCAUAGUUAACUACUUAAAUGCAAUCAAUAACCUGUUAAAUUCAAAUGCGGAUAGCGAGUCUGAUGUUAUGGAAAUCUGUGAUGCUAAAGAAAUGGCUGAAGAUGAAGAGUUUAUACGAUAUAUCUUUGAGUCGAACAAUAAUAUCGGAAAGAAUCAAAUUGUUGGUCUGCACAAGAUAGCUGCUUUUGCUCAAAACGCGGACCUCAAGGAAACCCGUCAGUCAGAGGUACGUCAGAAAUGCUUGAAGCUUUGGAGUCUACCUGACAAGCUUCGCCAGGCUCCAGAAGUGAAAACUACAGAUGGAUUGCUUCAAGAUCUACUUCACGAAUGGUGGUCUCAAGAUCGUACCUGGUUAGGCAAGCCGCCAACGGAAAUGCUAGACGUAGCAUGUCUACACCAAGCUAUAACUAACGUAAAUGAUUGGUAUUUUAUGCCUAUUGGACGCGAGGAAACAAAUAUUAAUGCAUGUACAUUGUUUCUUUGCAAAUCACGUGGGAGUUUGCUACGCUAUACGGAGCACAAGAAAUGGGAGCUCGUAGAUGUCUCCACAAGCUUUGAAGUGCAGCCGCGUUCAAUUUUCUUUGGACAGAUAGUGUACGAAUUUUAUGGAGAAGGCAGGAGCAUACAGCGUGUAGCAGCCUUACAUAUAAUAGAUGGCAUAUGUCUAGGCGGAAUUGAUAUUAGGCGCUUUCCAUUCCACAAACGCAUAAGCAUGUGCGAGAAGUAUGCCCAAAGUCUCAACAAGCCGUACAAAAAAGACCGCAACUUUUGUGCCCUGCGCAGUAAGCCCCUUUUUCGUCUUCAGGAUAUUAACACAUUCUUUAACGAGAUGCGUCACUACACGCUCAAGGAUGCAUCGCAACGUUUCGGCUAUGCCCUGGAUGAUAAAAAGUUUUUUGUACCCGGCGGUAUACUAAUAUUUUGUGAACUGUGUCCAACCUAUGUUUCGGCUCAUUCGCGAUCACGAAAUCAACUAUACUAUUUUAAUACAACCAACAAGGAUGCUUUUUUUAAAGAUUUGAUCCCUGAAGGAAAAGCAGUGGAAAUCUUUGCCUCGUUUCGCACUUGCUAUUCUCGUCGUUUGCUCUGGAAGUGGACGAACCUGAGGCAAGUGGAAGAGCACGCAGCCGAGGAGAACUCUAAGAUCUUAUUUCGCAGUGAUUUUCUGCAGUUUAUUGCGGACAAGCAGAUAAAGCGUAGUUAAAAGAAGCCGGAAUCAGACCCAAUGACUUAAUUAUACAUAUUAGCUAUAUAUAUUUACAGAUUCAUAAUGAGACAGAUUUUUUUAAACAGCAUUUACAUUAUUUACCAUGUUUUCUUUUUUUUUUUUUUAAUUUAUACAUUAAAAUUAAUUCGUAUUUGUAUACAAACGACGAAAUCGACCCAUAGAAAUAACUUA